AUGCAUGACACCAACGUUCAAUCUUGCGAAUAUGCUGUUGAUAUUCAUGGACUUCAGCCUAAUAAAGUCUACUAUUGGAAAGUAAUUGUUGGAGACUCUUGGGAUGUCAAUUGGGGAUGUGUAGGAAGAGGAGGACCAAAUUGUAUGUUCUCAACGCCGACUGGUUCUAUUCGUCUGAAGAUUGUAGGCUCUUUUGCAUAUCCUCUAACUGCCGAGGUCAUUGGCACGUCAACCAUUUCUACUACUACUUCUCCUGGUCAACCACCGAGUUCUAAAUCCGAGAAGAAAGUAUUUGCUCAUUAUAUGGUUGGCUUUGCCUAUCCAUCAGAUCAAAACUUCUUCGACGCUCAAAUUAAGAGAGCAAGAGCAGCCGGUAUCGAUGGAUUUGCACUUAAUGUUGGCAUUGAUGACUGGCAACCCGAUCGUGUAGCUAAGGCUCUUGCUGCUGCCAAGAACAAUGGUGAUUUUACGAUGUUUAUCUCAUUUGAUAUGUCGUCGCUUACCUUUAACAAUGGAGUCCUUAGCCGUUUCCAUUUUGCUGCUAGUCACUCUAACUAUUUCAAAGUGAACGGUAGACCUUUCUAUUCUACUUUUGCUGGUGAAAAUCAAGACAACUUCUGGGUCAAUUGGAAAGCUACGAGUGGAUUUAAUCCUUACUUUUGUCCCAGUUGGCCUAAUUAUCCAACUACUAAUCUGCUACAAUCACAUCCUGUUGCUGAUUGCAUAUUUACCUGGAAUGCUUGGCCUACUGGUAACUCUGGGCCUGGUAGUAAUUUCGACACGACCGGUGAUAGAAAUCUUCUUGCUAGUGCCAAAGCUACCGGCAAAACUUAUAUGGCUCCACUUGCUCCAUGGUUCUACACAUAUGUAUGGGGAAGCGGAUGGUAUAAGAACUGGAUCUAUGGUUCUGAAAGACUUUUACCAGAAAGAUGGCAACAAAUUGUUUCAUUACAACCUGAUUUUGUUCAAAUUAUUACUUGGAAUGACUACUCUGAAUCCUCCUACAUGUGUUCUGUUAGCAGUGACCUGCCUACUGGUAUGGCAGGCAUCAAUAGUAUGAUUAAUAGUCCACAAUCUAUGCGCCAUGACGCCUGGUUAGAACUCUCAAAACAUUAUAUUCAAUGGUACAAGAACAGUGUCAGACCUACUGUUACCAAUGAUCAAUUCUAUUGGUGGUAUCGCAUCCAUCCUAAGAAUAAUGUAAAUGGCGAUGUUCCUCAAUAUCGUAAUGAUGCUCAAGAUUGUGUUGCUGUUCACUCUAUCGUCAAGAGUGCCAAGCCUAGCGGAGGACAAUAUACGGUGGUAGUCGAUUUGAAUGGAUCCAAGACUAGCUACAAAAUUACUCAGCUUGAACAGACCGAAUGCAUUCCCUUCCCCACUAAUCCUGGCUAUGUAACAAUUUCUUUGAUCGGUCCUGACAAUACUGUAUGGUGGGCUGAAGGUAACAAUGCUCCUCAACAAAAGAGUGGCAAUAAUUUCAAUGCUUUUGCCAAUAGCCAUACUUUUCCAAGUCCCUAG